AUGCCGUCUUCCAUCCUUGAGAGCCUUGACGACGUCCCCACAUGGGCGAUACUUGCCGGCGGUGCCACCGCCAUCCUGUUUGGCAUGUACCUCUUCCCAUACCUGGUCACCUACUCGUCUCUGCGCGACAUUCCUGGCCCCACUUUGGCCAAGUUUUCCCAUGUGUGGCUCUUCAAGGUGCAGAAGAGCGGCCAUCGCAGCCUAACUGUGGACGAGCUGCACCGCAAACACGGCACGUUCGUGCGGCUCCAGCCCGACCACAUCUCAAUCGCGGCCGAUGCCGCCAUUAAGCCGAUUUACGGUCACACCGCGGGCCUCGUAAAGUCCAAGUUUUACGACUCGUUUGCAACUGCGGCGCGUAAUCUAUUCAAUGUGCGCAACAAGGCCGACCACACUCGGAAGCGCAAGAUGAUGGCGCAUGGCUUUGCGCUUCGCACGGUUCAGGAGUUUGAGCCUUACAUGGCCGAGAUUCUCCAGCAGUUUGUCAAGCAAUGGGACAGGCUUGUCGACGAGGCUGCAAGCCGGAACAUGGAGCCGUCCUUUGACUCCCUCGAGUGGUUCAACUAUGUGGCAUUUGACAUGAUCGGCGACCUUGCUUUUGGCAAGCCUUUCGGCAUGGUUGAAGCAGGUGCGGACAUUGCCAGACUCCAAGACACCCCAACCUCCAAGCCAGAGUACGCACCGGCUGUUCAGAUUAUCAACCGCCGGGGUGAAAUCGUCUCGACUCUUGCCAUCAUUCCCGAGUUGAUGCCUUGGGCACACUGGAUUCCAGACCCUUUCUUUUCAAAGGGUGUCGAAGCCAGAGCGAACCUUACCAGGAUUGGCAUUGCCAGUGUUCGCGAGCGGCUCACCCACCCACCUACCGACGCGCGUGCGGACCUCCUGUCGCGUCUGCAGCAGGCCAAGGAUGACAAGGGCAACCCACUCGGUGCCGACGAGCUUACGGCAGAGGCUCUGGGCCUAAUUGUUGGCGGUUCCGAUACGACUUCCAACUCGUCGUGUGCCGUCAUGUACUACCUCACGAAACACCCUGAUGUUCUCCGGCGCCUCAGGGAAGAGCUGGCGGAAGCCAUACCAGAGGGGACCGAGGUACCGAGCUGGGAGAUGGUCAAGAACCUCCCAUACCUAGAAAAGGUGCUCAACGAGACGCAUCGCAUCCACUCGACCCUCGGGCAAGGUCUGCCCCGCGAAGUCGGUCCCAGCGGUAUCACCGUCUGUGGCCGAUACUUCCCCCCAGGUGUCACUCUCUCAGUUCCGUCGUACACCAUCCACCACGACGAGGAUAUCUGGGGCCGAGACGCCAUGCAGUUCAAUCCAGACCGCUGGGACAGUCUCACUCAGCGCCAAAAGGAAGCCUUUAUCCCAUUUUCGGUUGGCCCACGCGCGUGCAUUGGGCGUAAUGUGGCCGAGAUGGAGAUGAAACUCAUCCUCGCAACCUGGGCCAACCGCUACGAUACGACACUGCGCGAGGAGCUCGUUUGCCACGAGGGUUUCUUCCGCAAACCCAACUCCCUCAUGGUUUCCAUCAGGCGUCGCCCGUGA